AUGUCAAGAAAUGACUGGACAGAAUUAUUUGGAAGUGAUGACGAGCAGUACGACAUCAAACAGCCUAUUAUUACUUUUGAAACUAUUCCAGGUCUCAAAUUAAUAAGACAAGGUCUUGACCACGAGCAACAAAUGGCACUUGUACACGCUCUUGCUGAUCGCAACUAUUUUUCUGGACCUGAUAAUAACCAAGCUAUGAUAUUUGGUAAACUUCCAAGUUUUAUAGACUGGAUUUGUCCCUGGAUAAUUCAAAACUAUCCAGAUUUAUUUCAUGCAGAUAUCCUAAACAGAGAGCCUUUGUUUGAUCAAGCCAUUCUCAAUAUGUAUAAAAAAGGCGAAGGCAUUACAAGUCAUGUUGAUUUAUUAAGGUUUGAGGAUGGUAUUAUUAUUAUUUCAUUAUUGUCUUCAUGUGUUAUGAAAAUGAGACCAGCUAGAUCAAAAGCCACUUCAUAUGCUAUUCCAAAUCAUGCACCUUCAUAUGAUAUCCUUUUAAGGCCUGGUGAUAUUUUGGCCCUUUCUAAAGAGGCAAGGUACAAUUGGGAACAUGGUAUUGACCAUACUACUAUGGACGAAUACAAUGGCGAAUAUAUUCAAAGAAAUACACGAAUCAGCGUAACACUUAGAAAACUCGUCCAUACCAACCACGAGUCAGAAGUGUCUUUAGGAACACGCUAA